AGAUGGGGAACUGCCUCAAAUCCCCCACUUCGGAUGACAUCUCCCUGCUUCACGAGUCUCAGUCCGACCGGGCUAGUUUUGGCGAAGGGACGGAGCCGGAUCAGGAGCCGCCGCCGCCAUAUCAGGAACAAGUUCCAGUUCCAGUCUAUCAUCCAACACCUAGCCAGACUCGCCUAGCAACUCAGCUGACUGAAGAGGAACAAAUUAGGAUAGCUCAAAGAAUAGGCCUUAUACAACAUCUGCCUAAAGGAGUUUAUGACCCUGGAAGGGAUGGAUCAGAAAAAAAGAUCCGGGAGUGUGUUAUCUGUAUGAUGGACUUUGUUUAUGGGGACCCGAUUCGAUUUCUGCCGUGCAUGCACAUCUAUCACCUGGACUGUAUAGAUGACUGGUUGAUGAGAUCCUUCACGUGCCCCUCUUGCAUGGAGCCGGUUGAUGCAGCACUGCUUUCGUCCUACGAGACUAAUUGAGCCAGGGUCUCUGGUCUGACUUCAAGUGAACCAUCAUAUUUGGUGGUUUUGAUCUUUUGUCACUGAGCCCAAAGAGCCAGGGAUUAGGAAUUAAGAUCAUGCACAAAAGUUUCCUAAAAAUUCCCGAAUGGCUGCAGAUGUUGGGGGGAAAAAUACGUGAUAUUUUAGAAAUUUAGGGGGAAAAGUAGGAUGGUAUUUUUAUGUAAAGCCUUGACCCAGUGUUUAAAAUAUAAUUGUAUUUAGAUCUUGUUAUGCUCCAGUACAUAGGAAUUGUGUAAAGUGUUACAGCAGCUGUAUAUGUUUCAAUUGUGUGUGUUGAAGAUUAGGAAAAAGAUAGUGGUUGUUUUUCCUAAAUGAAAUAACUCUCUUUUUCCCCCCAUCCAAAUUCUUUUCUGAAGUUGCUGGCAUUUGGGUCAAGGUUUUAUUAAAAGCUACAUUUUAUAACACUGGCACAAAAAAAGUAGUUUUAAGCUUGUUUGCACAGUUCUUUUUUUCCAUUGGAAAUGGAAUUCAUUGCCUUAGGUCUUUUUAAAUAGUGUAUUAUCGUUGGGGCUGGCUCUAUGCUUGAAAACCAGUUUAUUUAUAACCUGUUGUAAGUGCUAUAUCUGUUUGCAGUUAGGAAAUGCAGAAUUCAAAGUGAUCUCCUAGCUUGUAAGCAAACUGAGAUGCACUAUCCCUUUUCUAUAAAAACUGAGUUAAUGUCAAGAAACCAACUCUAGUAAAGUGGGGUUUAAUAUUACCCUUUCCUAUGUGUUUUAUCUAAUUAUUUUGAUUGUUAAUAUGGUAAUUAAAAGUCAAGGUAAAUUUUAAAUAUUAAGAUUUCUGAUUUAUUGAGCUCGAAUUAUGCCACCAUGCUUAUGUAAAAUGAAAGUGGCACCAUGGUGAAACUGAGAAAAGUUGCUCAGUUGUAAUAGUUUUGAUUUAUUCUUGUGACCUCCUUCCCUUACUGUCUUGAACGAUAGCAAAAGGAUACUGCAUCUCUUAUUGUAGUGCUGAGGUUAUUGAAGUUACAUAAAACACAUCUCAGUCUCUGUUUCUUGGAAAGGAAAGUCCUGCUGGCUGACUGACAAGCAGGGAGAAUUAAGAUAAAAGUAUUUCAUGUUUUUCACACAAAUGCAGAAUUUGUAUAACCACAUGACUUCAUAGUUGUGAUCUCGAAGAGGGAAUUUCUCCUUUUUCUUGCAGUUAAUGUAAGAGCACUCUAAAUCUCUAAGCUUCUGAAGUGUUAGAGGUAGAGAUGGUCUAGUAACGAUGUAGUUUGUAAUGUUUUAUCCAUUUAGCAUGUGUUUAUUUUUCCUUAUGUACUCAAAGGUGACUUAUUUGUUCAGCUCAGUGAUAUUACAACUAAGAAUCAGUAGCAAAAGGAGAAGCAAUCUCAAUCUAACAAAUCAGAAAUGUUUCUUAUUUUAUAUUGAGUUGAAUAUUUGACUCUAACACUUUUCUACAUACAAAACACGAGUAUCUUGAGGGUUCUUCAUAAUUGCAUUUUAGAGGAAUUAAGUAUGCCAUAAGUACUUCUUAAAGAUUUGACAUUAGAAUGUAGUAUCCAUAUGUUGGUUAAUUUUCUUAUGAGCCCCAUGACGGAAAGACUUAAAGAUGAAUUUGAGGAAAUUGAAAAUUAGAUUAUCAGGUUCUGUUAAAUUGUUACAUGUAUCUUGCUUAAGUUUUUGUUCAUUAAUUUAUAUCCACCCAAUUACAUAAAGCAAAUUUGGAGGAAAACCUGAAGUUGUGCAAUAUUUUCAGUGAUAAUUUUUUUUAUCCUUGUGUUUUCUACUUAUACAUGAUGUCUGUGUCAUCAAGUAUUAUAAUCAGACUUUCCUUUUUUCUAGAUUGUUAAAAUUGGUAAGUGAACUUUAAAAAAAAAUCAUCUUAUGUUGCUGUUAGUCUUUAUUGCAAGGCUUUUUUUUGCAGGAGUUUGGCAGUAAUAUUGAAGGCACUAGUAUUGAGCUGAAAAAAAAUUUUAAGGUACUUUGUGUUCUUUAAUUUUGAUUUCCAUACACCAUGUUAAGAACUAUCAAUUUUGGCUUUUACUAAAUUAAAUAAAGUUAUAAUACAGUUA